AUGUCUGAACGCUUUGACUGCCACUACUGCAGAGCUCCUCUGCAAGGCAAGAAGUAUGUUGAGAAGGAUGGACACAACUGCUGUGUGAAGUGUUUUGAGAAGAUUGUUGCUAACACCCUGUGCUGAGUGUAGGAAACCUAUUGGGGUCGAUUCUAAGGAGCUCCAUUACAAGAACCGUUAUUGGCAUGACACCUGCUUUCGCUGCUACAAGUGUUAUCAUCCUCUGGCCAAUGAGCAAUUUGUUUUCAAAGACAAUAAAAUUCAGUGCCCUAAAUGCACCAACAGAGAGGAUGCCCUGCGCUGCAGUGGAUGCCACAAGCAAAUCCAGCCAGGUGGCCAGAAUGUUGAGUACAAGGGUAGUGCCUGGCAUGAGGAAUGUUUCACAUGCAGCAACUGCAAACAGUCCAUAGGGACUGGCAGCUUCUUCCCAAAAGGAGCUGAUGUCUUCUGUGUUGCUUGUCAUGAACAAAAAUUUGCAAAACAUUGUGUAAAGUGCAAAAAUCCAAUCACUUCUGGAGGAAUAACUUACCAGGACCAGCCUUGGCAUGGCGACUGCUUUGUGUGUGAAACCUGCCAUAAGAAGUUAGCUGGCCAGCGCUUCACUGCUGUUGAGGAUCAUUACUACUGUGUGGACUGCUACAAGACCUUUGUAGCGAAGAAGUGUUCUGGUUGUAACAACCCAAUCACAGGUUUUGGAAAAGGAUCCAAUGUUGUGAAUUAUGAAGGCCAUUCUUGGCAUGAAUACUGUUUCACCUGCAAGAAGUGCUCUCUGAACCUGGCUAACAAGCGUUUUGUACGCCAGAAUGAGCAGAUUUACUGCACUGACUGUGCCAAGAAACUCUAA